GUGGUCCCGGCGGUGAUGUCGGGGCGGCGCGGGUCGGGCCCGUCGGAGGCGGGGGAGCCGUCGGCGCGGGAGCUGUUCGAGGCCUGCCGCAACGGGGACGUGGAGCGGGUCAAGCGGCUCGUCAGCCCCGACGGGGUCAACAGCCGCGACACCGCCGGAAGGAAGUCCACGCCGCUGCACUUCGCCGCAGGUUUUGGUCGGAAAGACGUCGUGGAGUACUUGCUCCAGAACGGUGCCAGCGUCCACGCCCGGGACGACGGCGGUCUCAUCCCCCUGCACAACGCCUGCUCUUUCGGUCAUGCCGAAGUCGUCAAUCUCCUCCUGCACCACGGAGCGGAUCCCAACGCCCGGGACAACUGGAAUUACACUCCUCUCCACGAAGCGGCCAUUAAGGGGAAAAUCGACGUUUGCAUAGUGCUCUUGCAACACGGAGCGGAACCCACCAUCCGCAAUACCGACGGGAAGACAGCUCUGGAUCUGGCAGAUCCCUCUGCCAAAGCGGUGCUGACGGGUGAAUAUAAGAAAGAUGAACUCUUGGAAAGCGCAAGGAGUGGCAAUGAGGACAAAAUGAUGGCCCUACUCACACCCCUCAACGUCAACUGUCACGCAAGCGAUGGCCGAAAGUCAACGCCUUUACAUUUAGCGGCGGGUUACAACCGAGUGAAAAUAGUGCAACUGUUGCUGCAGCACGGGGCCGAUGUACACGCUAAAGACAAGGGGGAUCUGGUUCCUUUACACAAUGCCUGUUCCUACGGUCAUUAUGAAGUAACGGAGCUUCUGGUGAAGCACGGCGCGGGGGUGAACGCGGUGGACAUGUGGCAGUUCACGCCCCUCCACGAGGCCGCGUCCAAAAACAGGGUCGAAGUGUGUUCCCUCCUGUUGAGCUUCGGGGCGGACCCGACGUUGUUGAACUGCCACAGCAAGAGCGCCGUCGACCUCGCGCCUGCUCCCCAGCUCAAGGAGCGCCUGACGUAUGAAUACAAAGGGCACACCCUGCUGCAGGCUGCCCGAGAGGCCGACGUCGCUCGCCUCAAGAAGCAUCUCACUCUGGAGAUGGUGAAUUUCAAGCAUCCCCAAACGCAUGAAACAGCACUGCACUGUGCCGCCGCAUCGCCUUACCCUAAGAGAAAGCAAGUAUGUGAGCUGUUGCUAAGAAAAGGAGCCAACGUCAAUGAGAAGACAAAAGAAUUUUUAACCCCUCUCCACGUGGCAUCCGAGAAAGCUCAUAAUGAUGUUAUCGAAGUGGUAGUGAAGCACGAAGCCAAGGUGAACGCUUUGGAUAACCUCGGCCAAACUCCCCUGCACCGAGCUGCCCACUGCGGACACCUGCCCACCUGCCGCCUGCUGUUGAGCUGUGGCUGCGACCCCUCCGUCGUGUCGCUGCAGGGCCUUACGGCCUUACAGAUGGGGAGCGAAAGCGUGCAGCAGCUGCUCCAGGAGGGUAUCCCCUUAGGUAAUUCAGAUGCAGAUCGUCAGCUGCUGGAAGCUGCCAAAGCUGGAGAUGUAGAAACCGUCAAAAGACUGUGUACCGCUCACAGCGUCAACUGCCGAGACGUCGAAGGGCGGCAGUCCACCCCUCUCCAUUUUGCGGCCGGAUACAACCGGGUGUCCGUGGUGGAAUACCUGCUGCAGCACGGAGCCGACGUCCAUGCCAAAGAUAAAGGCGGCCUCGUUCCUCUGCACAACGCCUGUUCCUACGGACACUACGAAGUAGCCGAACUGCUCGUUAAACACGGGGCCAUCGUCAACGUCGCCGACUUAUGGAAGUUCACCCCCUUACACGAGGCCGCAGCCAAAGGGAAAUACGAGAUCUGCAAACUUCUGCUCCAGCACGGUGCAGACCCUACCAAGAAAAACAGAGAUGGGAAUACUCCCUUAGACCUGGUGAAGGACGGAGACACAGAUAUCCAGGACCUACUGCGGGGAGAUGCCGCUCUGCUGGACGCCGCCAAGAAGGGCUGCUUGGCUAGAGUAAAGAAGCUGUCUUCUCCGGAUAACGUCAACUGCCGGGACACCCAGGGCAGACACUCGACCCCAUUGCAUUUAGCAGCUGGCUACAACAACUUGGAGGUGGCCGAGUACCUGUUGCAGCACGGCGCCGACGUGAAUGCCCAGGACAAAGGGGGCCUGAUCCCCUUGCACAACGCGGCGUCCUAUGGGCACGUCGACGUGGCCGCGUUACUCAUCAAGUAUCAGGCGUGUGUCAAUGCCACGGACAAAUGGGCCUUCACCCCGCUGCACGAGGCGGCCCAGAAGGGAAGGACACAGCUCUGCGCCUUGCUGUUGGCCCACGGCGCCGACCCCGCCCUGAAGAACCAGGAAGGACAAACGCCAUUAGACCUCGUUACUGCGGAUGACGUGAGCGCCCUGCUGGCAGCGGCUAUGCCCCCCUCGGCCUUGCCGUCGUGCUACAAGCCUCAGGUGAUCAGCGUCCCCCAGGCCCCCGGGCCUGCUUCGGGCCCGCCCAGCCCGUCCAGCCUCUCGGCGGCCAGCAGCCUGGACAACCUGGCGGGCAGCUUUUCGGAACUCCCUUCGAUGGUGCCUCCCGGCGGCGCGGAAGGAGCCGCCGGCCUGGAUAAAAAGGAAGCCCCAGGUAUAGACUUUAACAUCGACCAUUUUGUGAGGAAUCUUGGACUGGAGCACCUAAUUGACGUGUUUGAGCGGGAGCAGAUCACCCUGGAUGUGUUGGUGGAAAUGGGGCACAGGGAACUGAAGGAGAUUGGGGUCAACGCCUACGGCCACAGACACAGAAUCAUUAAAGGAGUUGAAAGGCUCAUCUCUGGCCAACAAGGUCUCAAUCCCUACUUGACUCUGAAUACCUCUGGGAGCGGGACAAUUCUCAUCGAUCUGUCCCCUGAAGAUAAAGAAUUUCAGUCCGUGGAAGAAGAGAUGCAGAGCACCGUCCGGGAGCACAGAGACGGUGGCCACGCCGGGGGGGUCUUCAACAGAUACAAUAUUCUGAAGAUUCAGAAGGUGUGUAACAAAAAACUGUGGGAGAGAUACACCCAUCGGAGGGAAGAGGUGUCGGAAGAAAACCACAACCAUGCGAACGAGAGGAUGCUGUUUCAUGGCUCCCCGUUCGUGAACGCCAUUAUUCACCGAGGGUUCGACGAAAGACACGCCUACAUCGGUGGGAUGUUCGGAGCUGGGAUCUACUUCGCCGAGAACUCGUCCAAAAGCAAUCAGUACGUGUACGGAAUUGGCGGCGGCACCGGGUGUCCCGUCCACAAGGAUCGAUCUUGUUACAUCUGCCACCGGCAGUUGCUGUUCUGCCGGGUGACCCUGGGCAAGUCUUUCCUGCAGUUCAGCGCCAUGAAAAUGGCCCACUCUCCCCCGGGCCACCAUUCGGUCACCGGCAGACCCAGCGUCAACGGCCUCGCGCUGGCCGAGUACGUCAUUUACCGAGGAGAGCAGGCCUACCCGGAGUACGUGAUCUCUUACCAGAUUAUGAAGCCCGAAACCACCCCUGAAGGGUAAGGGGCCGGGCCCGACCGUUAAUACGUCCGAGCAGCCGGAAAACCGCUCAGCCUCGCCGAAAGACCGCGGCCCCAACCGAGACCGGAGCGUAACGUGCCGCCCGGACGGAGCUUCAGUAGCGGACCGAGUUUUCUAAACGUUUCCUGGUUUUCAGCACUUUAACAGAUGCCAUUCCCGACUCAACUGGGUCUGUCUGUACUAAAUUAUAAGCCCGUUAACUUGAACCCUUUUCUACAUUCCUCCGCGGAGUCUCGCAGAACCGUAGUGCCCGUGAUGGGAAGUUGUCCCGCUCACGCUGGGUUUCGGAAACUGCGGCAUUUGCGCCGCAUGCGACUCCGUUUGUAAAACUGUAAAUAAGAGCUUUUUGUACUAGCCCGGUAUUUAUUUCCAGCGCUUUGUAAUACGGACCGAGCGUGUCGGGACCCGCGGCCCGGGACGGAACGGAAUACGGCCCGGCGCCCGGGGUGUUCGACGCCGGACGGCCCGUGGGUUGCCUUGCGAGGCCCCGCACGGUCAUUUCUCAGCGGGAGGUGGACUGGGCCACGUACCUGGGAGCGCCCCGUCCCCGAAGCAGGCCUUCCCCCUUCCGUUUCGUGUACUGACAAAUCGUGGGUCUCUGUCCCCCCGGCAAAACCCUGGGGUUUCCCCGUGGCAGCGUCUCUGUGUGAAAUAGUAGGCGGAUGUUUGUUACUUCCCGAGAUCGGCUCUAGAUCCCUGUUCUGGAGGCAGCGGGGCGUCUGGCCUCGGGGGAUCUCUUUCCGGAUGACCGCAAUCCUCUCUGCACGUCUCCCGGUCCGCGGAGGGAGUCGCCGCCAGCUCCCGGGGCUGUUUUCCUGACGCGUCGUCGCUCCCCGUCUCACCGCCGCUGUUCGGGCCCCGCUCCUGGCUGAGGGCGGUCUCCUCGAGCCGAGCCCGCCGCCCUGGACCGCCUGCUUCCCGGGCCGGAGCCGCGCCCUCCGCGUGGACGGAAAGUGCCGGGAUCACCGGCGACCCGGCGGGGAAGAUCGUGGCCAUCCGAGGGGCGGGACUCGGCGCCUCGGUGAGGUCGGAUGCCCGUCGUGGCCGUCCCUUUGAACCCACAGAAUCGUGCCGUACUCUGCACCGUCCCUCUCAGGCCUCUCCGACGGGCCCGGCCCCCCCCCGAGCCGGCAGCCGUCGGUCAACGGGAUUGGAUCGAGAGGAUCCCGGAGAGACUUCGGGGGGUCAGCCGGGGCCCCGGCCUCCUCUCCCCGACCCCCCCCGAGAGCGGAUGGCGUCCGCCCUGUCGCCCCGGUCCGGUGGGCUCGCCCUGAUUCCGCGCCCGGCCCCCGUGGGGUUUAGUUUUUGCAUGACACACCUUGCUUUCUGAUGGUGGAGCCUAGACGUGUUCGUCCGCGACUCUUUCGAGGUGACGUUUUAACCUCUAGUGCAACUAGUGCUACUUUCUCCUCCCCUUGUGUCCCAUGCCGUUUCCACGCUAACGUCAAUAAAACGAUUUCUCAGCCGUU